ACUUUAUCCCAUCUUCAACCUUCAAAUAAAAGCACUUACCGGUUUUCGUAAAGUAGCAAUUGAAAAUAAAACAAAAUACAAAUUUUUGUUCAAUUAUUCGAUUAAAACAUAUUUAUACAAAAUAAUUCAUUGCUUAUAAACAGUAGUUUAAAAAUUGUUUGAUAUUUUAAACUUAAUUUUAGAAGGAAAGAAUGGAAAAUAAGACAAGAAGUGAACCUAAAACCACUAAAAAUACGAAUAUUGUGAAUUGUGCUCCAAAAUUAGUGAAUGUUCUCUACCCAGGAGUUGUUAAAAACGUUGAUAAAGCUCUACGAACAUUAGGUGGUAUUAAAAAUAUUGAAAGUGUAACAACAGCAAGUAAAAAGCAUUUAGAACUGUCAUUUAGACCACAUAACUUGUGCAGCAAACCAGUAUUGAGUGAUAGAGAUACAAAACCACAUGUAUUGCUUAAAAUCAAAACCAGAAAAUCUAUUAAAGAUGGGAAAGUUGUUGACAAAGAAGUUUUAGACUAUGAUGUUGUGGGACUAACUGCAGUUAAUUUAAAAUUUACCAAAUUAUGUGAUUUUCAAUAUUUGCCAUUGGUGUCAAAAGUACCCAAAGAAGUUGAAGAAGAUUUGAUUUAUAUCUAUGAUGAUAUUGUUCCCAAAAAGCUACUUGAUGCCGACUGGUUAAAUAAUGAAGAUUUAGCUUCAAUGCCACUUUAUUUUGUUCCCUAUCAAUUUUCUAAGCCAAAUAUGACCGGGAAUCGGCUACAGUUUGAUAGAAGCAAAUUCUAUGAAGGGCGUUUCAUGCAACAAUACUGUGAUAAGUUUAAAGAAACGCAACUCCAGCAGAAAAUGCUACGGAAAGACCGAGACAAGUUCACAAAAACGACGAUGCUUGUGAGAAUUGAAGAUGAUGUUCCUCAAACACCAAAUGCUCAAGCAUUAGCAAUGGUAAAAGAGAAAGGAUUCUCAGAGGUCUUGAUCAAUAAAUUAAAAACGUUGUUUGAAGAACGUGCAAUUUGGUCGCGCAACGCCUUGUUUUAUUACAGCCGAGCAUCAAGCGAACAAAUGAAGUACAUUUUGCCAACAAUAGCGUAUCAUUAUGUCUCAGGACCUUGGCGUGUGAUGUGGGUGCGUUUGGGAUAUGAUCCCAAAGUUGAUCCAGCAGCAAAAAUGCUUCAGACUUUUGAUUACCGAGUUCGAAGUCGCGGCGGUAGCGGUAAAAUUAAAAUUAGAACAAAAAGAUAUGCAACACUUACAAAUCGAAGUUUGCCGGACAAUCAAGGCAAGUUCCUAUUGUCAAACGUUGCUAAUGAACCAAAAACUAGAGCAGUGCCCAUUGAAGAAAACUCUUUUCUUCUGCGGCCUGGGUUAUUACCAGCGGCUAGGCAAACAUUUUUUCAGUAUUGCGAUGUGAAGUUGCCGGAAAUCGAAAACAUGUUCACCAAAUUACCCACAGUGUUGCCUGGUUCUAUUCUUGACUGGAAGCACGGUUGGUUACCGAAUGGCUUCGCCGAUCAUUGCAGGGAAAUAGUUAAUACAUAUAUCAACGACUUGGUGUCAAAAGAAAUGCGUGAUUCUCGUAAGAACAACUCGCCCAAGGUAUCUUCUGAUAGUGCGAGUGAAAGUAGUACUUCGGAUUCUGAAAUAUCUGAAGGAGCGGAUGAGGUGGAAAAUACAGAGGCCGAGGACGUCAUAGAUCUAGAAACAGUUGAAGAGAUUAAUCAGUUAUUAGGAAUGAGGUCUUCACCAUCAAAUGUCAGGAAUGAGGAAAUGCCAGGGCCUAGUUCUGCUAGUUAGUUUAAGGUAGAUGCUACUAUAUAUUGGUACAAUUGUAUAACGUGUUGGUUAUCCUAUUUCAAUAUGAUCAUCAUAUUUUAAUAAAUGUGUACAAUGUCUUA